UUUUACAUCACUAACUCGAACCCAACACACAGAAAUCGUUUUCUUGUUGUUCUUUAAGGCAUCAAGCUACUAGCGUUUUCAUUCAAUCGAGAGUUCAAAUUGAAACAAGAAACUGAAAUGAGUGCGCAGCCGAGUCCCUGCAUGAAUCCUCAGCAGCAGCAAAGUGAACAAGAGAAGGUGUACCAAUGGAUCAACGAAUUGGCGCAUCCGGACACGCGCGAGACCGCUCUCCUGGAGCUGAGCAAAAAACGUGAAACCGACCUGGCUCCCAUGUUGUGGAACAGUUUUGGAACCGCGUGUGCUCUGCUUCAGGAGAUUGUUAACAUAUAUCCGUCUAUAACUCCGCCCACGCUGACAGCACAUCAGUCAAACCGGGUUUGCAAUGCCCUGGCCCUGCUGCAGUGCGUCGCCUCCCAUCCGGAGACACGCACAGCCUUCCUCCAGGCGCAGAUUCCCCUAUACUUGUACCCCUUUCUGUCGACCACUUCGAAAACCAGACCAUUUGAAUAUUUGCGUCUGACCAGCUUGGGAGUCAUUGGUGCCUUGGUUAAGACCGAUGAGCAGGAAGUUAUCACGUUCUUGCUGACCACGGAAAUCGUUCCACUUUGCUUGAGCAUUAUGGACAGCGGCUCGGAGCUAAGCAAGACUGUGGCCACAUUCAUCAUUCAGAAGAUCCUGCUUGACGAGUCGGGCCUGUCAUACAUCUGUCAGACCUAUGAACGCUUCUCGCAUGUGGCCAUCACCCUGGGAAAAAUGGUGAUCCAGUUGGCAAAAGAGCCGUGUGCCCGUCUGUUGAAGCACGUGGUGCGUUGCUACCUACGUCUCUCGGACAACACCCGCGCUCGCAAAGCUCUCGGACAGUGCUUGCCGGAUCAGCUGCGCGAUGGCACUUUCGCGCUGUGCCUGCAGGACGAUAAGUCCACGAAGCAGUGGCUUCAAAUGCUACUCAAGAACUUGGAGCUGGGAAACACACCACAGCAAAUCGGCAUGUCCCCAUUGGGCUCCUAGAUCAUAGACAUGCCGAAUCUCAAAUGUCCCAAUUAUCAGAACGUUAACUUGGCCAGAACGCCUGGAUAAUAAGUUUUCACGAGGUUGCCUGAGCCUAGCCGCCUAGCGUAAGCAAAAAUGUAAUAUACAGAUGUAUGUAAUUAUGAAUACAAGCAAAGUAAUGUUAAUAAGUUAAGCAAAUUUCUCUGCUACUAGAAUAUAACUUAGAAUGUAGAUAAAUAUUAUAUAAAUAAAGACACAUACCGCGAAGCUAGUGCUCUAUCGCUCUCACGCGUA